UUUCUGUGAAUAUUGAGCAUUUGUCCAGUCGUUAUCACUGAACAUUAAUUUUGUGACAACAGUAGCGAACAUCUAUAAGGCGAGUGCAGUAUUUUUAAAAUGCACUGACAGGCGCUAGCAUUUCCGGUUGCUUUGUACAUGCCGUUAGCUAGCUUAAGUAUGCCAUUAGGAAGGACAACGUUUAAGUAGUCACCUCACAUCUGAACUUUUUUCGUUUUUUUUCUUUUAUUUUCUUUAAGAAGGUUUUCUUACUAGAUUAAGGUCUAGCUAAUGCUGUAAUUUAUACAGUAUCUUUAAAGUUAGCAUUUCAGGUUUAUUUGCACUGCGAACGCUCCGUAUGAGGGGGUCAGACUCGUUUCUCACGAGGUUUCAUCACUUCAAUAGACAAUCUGGAUUUUCCGACAUUUGGAACAGUCUGUUACUUCUCUCAAGAUUCUCAUCAUGUUAACGCACUGUGUCAGAAAUGUGCUAUCAAAGCAGCUAUACGCAUCAAAAACCUCACAUUGCUGCUUAGCACUGACUGUGCAGCACACCAGGACACACUGCAGUACAUCAUCGAGUGAGGGUUUGGAUCAGCUAAAGGCUCUGGUGCAGCUUUGUGUGGACAGAUACUACAUUUCACCUGGUCAGGCGGACGCGGAGCUGUUUCAGCGUGGCGUGAGCUGCAGCUAUGGUCCUCUGGGCAUGGAGCUGAGAAGAAACCUGCUGGAGCAGUGGUGGCACUCUGUGACCAAGUCCACAGCACAGGUGUUUGGGAUAAACACUUUGAGUAGCAGCAAGGACACAGCAACAGAUGGACGGGGGCAACCGAGGGUUGUCGAGCCUGGAAAAUUAAAACAAAUACUGGAACAGCAAGACCUGAGCAAGGGGCAGCUCAUCCAGAUGGUUCAAACACUCCUUCAGAGGUGCCCGUCUGUGAGGACAAACUUUCUUCAAGGUGCCUUUGAGCAGUUUGAUCCGUCGUUUGAGCUGGUGAACAGGGAGCUGCCCUUCGGCCUAGCUGAGACCGGUCUGUGUUUCCAGCCCAUGGAUGGCUCUGGCUGCCCAGCUGAAGUCACCCAGACGUCUCUGGUGUGGUUCUGCUCUCCUCGUACCUCUUCCCAGUGGCUGGAUCACUGGACGCGACAGAGACUCAAAUGGUGGAGGAAAUUUGCACUGGCUCCAUCAGACUUCAGCAGUAGUGAUGUACCCGAGGAGGAACUUGAGGGGGUGGCGUCCCGUGGUGUGAGGAUCAUGUACAGCUUCCCGUGGGGACAGGAGCCUGUAGAGAUGCUGUGGAACAGAGGAAACACUGAGCUGCUGCAGAGACACAAAAGAGCCCGAUCCAAACUACAGCGUCGAGAUGGUCCUAAAUUAGUUCCUCAUGUUGUCUCUGUAACCGGGAACAUGGACCGGGGUAUGAUGGCCUUUAUUUCCAACUCCCUCCAGCGUAUCAAGAAAGAAAACAGCAAGCAGAAGUUGCAGCGGAGAAAGGUUCUAAAGUUGCAUCCAGUGUUAGCUCCAGUCAAAGUGGCAUUAGAUAUUGGCAAGGAAGCCACCGUGGAGCUGAGACAGGUGUGUGAAGGGCUGCUGCAGGAGUUAAUGGAGGCUAAGAUCUCUGCAUGGCCAGGGUAUCUCAAAACUCUGCCAAUAUCACAGGAGCAGCUGAACACAAAGUACGAUGAGAUGGGAGUGCUUUUUUCUGUAGUGAUCAGUGAGAACACGCUGGAGAGCGGCCUCCUUCAAGUCCGCAGCAGAGACACCACCAUCAAAGAGAUCGUGCACAUCUCUGAGAUCAAGAACUUUCUCUCCAGAUACAUUUCUGCUGCAGAUAAUGUCUAAUUGGAUUUUUUGUCUUAUUUGGUAUAAAGGAUAUAUUAUGCUGCCUCAGUUUUGCGUCCCUUCUAAGAACAACACUGUUGCCCAUCGACAAAUCAGGGACUUCCUUGUGACUGGUCAGAAUUUGGGAAGAAGGUGUGCACAAGGUUUAUGUGCACACACCCAUGGUGCAAAUACCCCCCAGAUUUUUAUUGGGUAUAAUGUAUGGACUCAUCCUACAGCCUCCUCUCAGUACUUUCAAGACAAGGAGGUGGAUGACUCAUACUCAUGUCACUUGAUUGCGUGUGAUCAGGUCUGUGCCAUCGUCUGAAUUCAACAGUGUGGCCUUAACAUUGCAGGAGGAUUUGGAUGAAUGUUUAGUGUCUUUGUUUCUGUCUCACUUUCUAAUAAAAAUAUACAAAAUGUCUCUGUAA